AUGGCACAGAAAGCUCUCAAAACCCUGGCCAGUCGCAAUGCAGCUGUGCUUACUCGCACCCAUCUUAUGUCAGCCGCAAUCCAUAUCCUGUUCAUCGUCCUACACCAGGUGUUCCAACGACCACGCUCUCUGAAGCCGUACUUCUUUCUGGCUCUCCCGACCCUGCUUAUCGAAUUCUACCUUGACAAAGUUGGACGCCCAAGCUAUAACGAGGAUGGCUCCUUGCGCUCAGCUGGUGAGGAUUUGAAUGCCACCGGCUUGACUGAGUACAUGUGGGAUGUGUUGUAUUGGACCCUAGGCUGCAUUGUUGCGGCCUGUGUCUUCAAUGACCGUGCUUGGUGGCUUUGGAUCGUCAUUCCUGUUUACUCUGUCUACCUGGCCUAUACUACAGUCAUGGGCGUGAAGAAAGGCUUCGCAGGCAUGGGUGGUGGUGAUGAGGGGGAGUCCGAGGGCGCAAGGAGCAAGAGGGAAUUGAAGAAGGAGAAGAGGGGAGAUCGACCCAAGCACCGGACUCGUUGA